AUGUCGUCGGUUCUCCCACCUCCACCUCCACCGCAAUGGGCCGUCGCGAUGAACUCGCCGAUGGCGCGACCCUCCAAGGCGGCAUCCAGCAUCCCAAAUCCACCUGGCUUCGCCAGCCGUGGAGGUAAACAGGUGAGCUCAGCCCCAGAGCUGUCCUAUUGCCGUGUUGACCAUACGAAUCAUCCUCAGCGCGAGAAGCAGCAACAACAACCCACCGCAGCCAGGCCCGAAGAGACCGAUACCCUGAAAAUGAAGAAGGCAUGGGAGAUUGCCAUCGCCCCGUCCAAGCAGCUUCCCAUGAACGGUAUCAUGAUGUACAUGUCCGGCAACAGCCUCCAGAUUUUCAGUAUUAUGAUGGUUUUCAUGCUGUUCAAGGGACCAAUUCAAGGUCUGAUUAACACCAAUGCGGCCUUUGCCAAAUACGAAACCCCGACGACCCGUGGGCGCCUGGUUGCAGUGAAGGCAGUCUACGUGCUGAUGCAGCUGUUGUUGUUGGCCUUGGGAAUCUGGAAAGUUAAUGGAAUGGGCUUGUUGCCGUAUGUGUUCCCGAAUGCAUGGUCUCUCAACUUUUCACUGACACAACUGGCAGGACUACGAGAUCAGAUUGGCUCGCAUGGGAAUCGGAACGACAGCCUCUAG